AUGCAGACCAUCAAGUGCGUCGUCGUCGGAGACGGAGCCGUCGGAAAGACAUGCCUCCUGAUCUCGUAUACCACCAACAAGUUCCCUUCCGAAUAUGUCCCGACGGUAUUUGACAACUAUGCCGUCACCGUCAUGAUUGGCGAGGACCCCUACACGCUCGGCCUGUUCGACACUGCCGGUCAGGAGGACUACGACCGGCUGCGACCGCUGUCGUACCCGCAGACGGACGUCUUCCUCGUCUGCUUCUCGGUGACGUCGCCAGCGUCGUUUGAGAACGUCAAGGAGAAGUGGUUCCCCGAGGUGCACCACCACUGCCCCGGAGUGCCCUGCUUGAUUGUCGGCACGCAGGUGGAUCUGCGGGACGACCAUGCCGUCAUUGAGAAGCUGGCACGGCAGAAGCAGAGGCCCGUCGCAUUCGAGGCUGGCGAGCGGCUGGCGCGAGAGCUGGGCGCGGUCAAGUACGUCGAGUGCUCGGCCCUCACGCAGAAGGGGCUCAAGAAUGUUUUUGACGAGGCGAUCGUGGCGGCGCUGGAGCCUCCGGUCAUCAGGAAAAAGUCGAAGUGCGCGAUCCUCUAG